CCUACUGUCACUGCCUUCACACACACACUCGUUUUUUCUCUCUCUCUCUCUCUCUCUCUAUCUCUCUCUCUUACACACACACACACACACACACACAAAUAGAAACUGUGUACUUUCAUUUCGACAGAGGUUGGGGAGGAUAACAUGUCCAGCUACUCGCGGGUUAUCCAUCAUGCUACCAGUAUCCUGUGCAGCCAUAAAGGCUCCAUGGACCUGUCUCAGCUCCACAGGAGAGUCUACCAGCGAUUUGAUAUCAGUGACGAGCACUUUUGGUACAUACUGAAAAAAUGUCCGCGGUUCGCCUUGGUCCGGAACAAGCUGAGUGCAGAAAAAGGCGAGGCGGAUUAUAUCGUAGUGGCCAAAACAUCUCUGCGCCUGUGUAAAAGUUACGCCAAGCAGGACUGCUUCGGCUGCCAGGACCUGCAUCUGUGCAAAUACUUCGUGUAUGGAAACUGCCGCUAUGGUAAAGGAAGGAAGGAAUGCAAGUUCUCCCAUAACAUUCAGUCUGAGCAUAACUUUCCCCUUCUCCGCGAGUGCACUCUUCACGAGCUUCAUGAGGAAGAGCUCUUCCUCCUCCUGCUACAGAACGACCCUGCGCUACUACCUGAGGUGUGCUCCCACUACAAUAAGGGCUCGGGGCUGUUUGGGGCCUGCACCUUUAAGGAAAACUGCACUAAAGUGCACAUGUGCCAGCACUUUGUGCAGGGCGACUGCAUCUUCGGUACCAAGUGCAAGAGGCUUCACUGCGUAGACGAGUACAGCCGCAGGAUGCUGGAGGAGCGCGGCCUCGGCAAUGACAUCAUCCAGGACUUGCCCUACCUGUACCAGAACGUUUACCACCUGAGCGCCAGUGCUGCGGAUGCAGAGAGGAUUUCUGAGCCAAUAAGCAGAUCCCUAGAACUGGCAGAAGAGAAGAAUGAAAUUUGUCUCCACUUCAUCAGAAGAAACUGCAGAUUUCAGGAGCAAUGCAAACUGGUGCAUUUUAAUCUGCCGUAUAAAUGGGAGGUGAAUGAGGGGAAUGGAUGGAGGGAUCUGCGAGGAAUGGAGGAGAUUGAGCGAGUCUUCUGCGACCCCAAGAACACAUAUGGUCCUGGCUCGAGGCCAGUGGAUUUUCAGACGAUGACCAGAUCUGGACAUCCAGUGCGCCGUCUCUCCACCGUCUCGUCCAUCACCAAGCCUUCACACUAUGUCCUGACCACACAGUGGUUGUGGUACUACAAGGGAGACCAUGAUAACUGGAUCGAGUAUGGCAGGCCGGACGAUAAGCACCGCGUGACAUCUGUAAAGUCCUGCGAUCUGGAGGAAGCAUUUCUGAAAGACAGCAAAGCUGAGGUCACAGUUAUAAAGGGCAACAGACAUUACUACGUCAGUUUCCAAGAUAUGUACCAGAGAAACCCCAAACACAACACCAAGAGGAAAGUACGCCGGCGGCCACGCUUCGUUUCCAUCAGCGAGGUGGAAAGCCAAAUAGCGUAGUGAACACAUCCGCACACACACACAUAUGUGCGCGUACCCACUGAUAUGAUUCUGUACGGCACUGAGUGACAGUCCAUGGUGUGUCUUUAUACUUUGAGUACACUCUCAAUACACAGUGACUGAAUAUAUUGGUAAUGUUUAUAUAAUGACUUACAAGUAAAGAUGUUAUCAUGAGCCCUGAGGGAAGUCAUAAUGAAGUGUAACUAUCAUGUUAGAGCUGUAGCACUGAUCCAAAGUGUGCCAAAAUACUUUACUGACAAACAAUGCAGUAUGUUCGAAUUUACAAUAUGUUACAUUAAGAAACGUGCAUUUUAACACCAUCUUAUUGGUGUUCAGGUUAAACGUUUAUCAAUGCAAAAGUGAGUCACUGCCCAGUUACAGGUCUGAAUCAUUGUGUUACUGAUGAGUAUAAAUAGUUAGAUUUAUCAGUAUAUGAUAAUUAAGGGAUCCUGAGUGGUGCAACAGAAAAGCGUACGUCCUGUCCUCGGGAGAUUGUGAGUUCUCAGCCAUUCGUGUUCGGGAGCCAAGGGAACAAGUUGUGCUCUUUGGUUGGGAGGGAUGGCGUACUGCUCUUCCCUGUCAGUCACAGUGACAAAAGCCAGUAGUGGCCAUCAGUGAGCUCAUGUAUGAGGAAGAGGGCUGAUUGCACUGAGCUCUGACAGAGCAUGAGCAGCAGUUUGAACAGAUUCAGGUGGCUGGCUUCACAUGUCUUGGAGGACACAAGUUUUCUCCUUCACCCUCCUUGAUUGGUAGUUGUCUUGUGAUGGUGGGGGAAGCAUGCAUUUUUGGAAUUUUUGAGUUAUUUUGUACCUCAUUGUAUCACAGGUCACAUUGAAAUGUUAGGCAAAGUGAAAUACAAUUAUGUUGCUGAAAUAGUUUCUGCUUCGAUUUGUAACAAUGUGUUGGGCUAUUUUUACUGAACAGUAUUUCAUUUUCUAUAGUCUGUAACCAUCAACAAUAAAUUUCUCCUGCCAUUCUUGA